UCGCCCAGCCAUGCGCCGCCCGGGCGCGCCAGGCGCUCGCCUGGCGCCGCUGCUGCUUCUCCUGCUGCUUCGGGCGUGUGUCUCUUCGGUGCUGGGGAGUCAGACGUGUCUUGGGGAGAGCUGUUCACCCCUGAUCCAGCGUCGCAGCCGAGAUGCUCGGGGACCGGGAAAUGCUGCUGCGAGCGACGUCCUGCGAGUCCGUGAGCCCAGGGAAGGAGGGCUGAAGGCGGCCGGGCAGGUGGCGUCCUCCUGGGACCAACCUGUGGUCCCCGGCCGUGACCCAGGUGCGGACCGAGGGGCGGAGGCGUCCGAGCCUCGGCUCUCGGGACCCCCGACGAGGUCCCCCGGCCGCUGGAGAUGGAAAAGUGCCCGCGGUCUGGAGCGCCCUGGAAAUCCGAGGAGAGGGGACCCCACGGAUCUCCAACUUUACCUGCAGACUUCCGAAGAGGAAGAGGAGAGUCCCAGAGGCUCGGGCAUUCCCCGACGACGCAGCCAGGAGCCGGAGCCAGGAGCCAGGGAUCUUUUCUACUGGCCAAGGAGAGCCGGGGGACUCCAAGGUUCCCAUCACAAACUUCCUCCCAAGCUGGGCUACGGACCCUUAGGGCUGGAAGGGCGCACUGUGGCGCUCCCCGGGAGGGCGCUACCCCAGAAUGGGUCCUUGGGUGAUGAGGUCCACGAACCUGGGGGUCCCCGCCGGGGGAACAGCACAAGCCGUCGCUUGAGACUGAAGAAUCCCUUCUACCCGCUGACCCAGGAGUCCUAUGGAGCCUACGCGGUCAUGUGCUUGUCCGUGGUGAUCUUUGGCACCGGCAUCAUUGGCAACCUGGCGGUGAUGUGCAUCGUGUGCCACAACUACUACAUGCGCAGCAUCUCCAACUCUCUUUUAGCCAACUUGGCCUUCUGGGACUUUCUCAUCAUCUUCUUCUGCCUUCCACUCGUCAUCUUCCACGAGCUGACCAAGAAAUGGCUGCUGGAGGACUUUUCUUGCAAGAUCGUCCCCUAUAUCGAGGUGGCUUCUCUGGGUGUCACCACCUUCACCCUGUGUGCGCUGUGCAUAGACCGCUUCCGUGCCGCCACCAACGUACAGAUGUACUACGAAAUGAUUGAAAAUUGUUCCUCAACCACCGCCAAACUGGCUGUUAUAUGGGUUGGCGCUCUGCUGUUGGCUCUCCCAGAAGUCGUCCUCCGCCAGCUGAGCAAGGAAGAUUUGGGGUUCAGUGGCCGAGCUCCCGCAGAACGGUGCAUUAUAAAGAUCUCUCCCGAUUUACCGGAUACCAUCUAUGUCCUGGCCCUCACCUACGACAGCGCCAGGCUCUGGUGGUAUUUUGGUUGCUACUUCUGUUUACCCACCCUGUUCACCAUCACCUGCUCUUUAGUGACUGCCAGGAAGAUCCGUCAGGCGGAGAAAGCCAGUACCCGCGGGAAUAAGAGGCAGAUCCAGCUGGAAAGCCAGAUGAACUGCACAGUGGUGGCCCUGACCAUUCUGUAUGGGUUUUGCAUCAUUCCUGAGAAUAUCUGCAACAUCGUCACGGCCUACAUGGCGACGGGGGUCUCUCAGCAGACCAUGGACCUUCUCAACAUCAUCAGCCAGUUCCUUUUGUUCUUCAAGUCCUGCGUCACCCCCGUGCUCCUCUUCUGUCUCUGCAAGCCCUUCAGCAGGGCCUUCAUGGAGUGCUGCUGCUGUUGCUGCGAAGCGUGCAUUCAGAAAUCGUCCACGGUGACCAGCGAUGACAACGACAACGAGUACACCACGGAGCUCGAGCUGUCGCCCUUCAGCACCAUCCGCCGGGAGAUGUCCACCUUCGCUUCUGUCGGAACGCAUUGCUAACCGAGGACUGGACUUGGCAUCAUCAGCCUUGUUCAUUUGUUUGGUUUUCCUAUGGGGUGAAAGUUUUUACUUCGUAGUUUUCCUUACAGGAAAAAAAAAAACAUGCAAAAGGAAAGAAAAAAAAACAAGAAAAACAUAUUAACUACUAUAGAACUGAUUUUUUUGCAAAUUUAAUAUUUGUGCUCGGAGAAAGACAUGUUUAUAUUUAGUUAUUUAAGAAGAAUGGAGAAGGCUGAUAGUUUUAGAUCAUUUUAGCUGGUCUGGUGCUAAUAUUUUAUUCAAGAAAAGUUGCUGCACCUUAACUUAAUAGCUAGAUUUCUUGCUUUCUUUUAAAAAAUAUAAUCCUUGUAUAUUGGUUCUAGCCAUGUGAUAUUUGCAAGUUAUUUUACGUUUCGGUUGUGAUCGAAAGUAUAUUGUAUAUGGUAUUGUGAGAUGAUUUGUAUGUUGAGGAAUUUACAAAGUAGCACCAAAUAAAUUACACUCUAUUCUUUAA